AUGUUCAUUUCGGCAUGCUCUGCAGAUCCCACGAAACCGUGUCAAAUCACCUCAACCAGAGCAGUGAAUGGCUUGACUGUGGAUCCAUUGUGCAAUAAUCGGAUUGCAUCGUUCUUCGAGCGUCAAGUUUCAAUUUGGAAAGUGGAUAGCCUGGAAAAACCGGUGAGUUACUGGGCAUCCGGUCGUCCCAACUGUCCACUGCUGGCAUUCAGUUGGCAUCCAUCCUUACCCAAUUGUCUUUUGACAUUGGAUCGCGAGGGUUGUUUAGAUAUUGCGGAACUGAUUGAACGUCCGGCUACCGCUUGGUCCCCGGAACAAGCGUUACUUUGGUCCCAUUCCGGUCAAUGGACUGCUUACGAUCCAUGGAGUGUGAAAAGUAGUCGAGUGAUUCAGUUAAUGAGCCCUCCAAAACCGAUGAGACCAUCUGGAGCUAUCGCCGAUCAGCCACAUGAACCUGAGGACCCAGCAGCAGUCGGGGACGAGCUCGGUGAGCCAACUUUGGCUACCUCUAUCGCACGUCGUUCCAGUAUGGUGGUCGAACUGCAGCAACAUUUACUCAAUGAUAUCGCUUCAGUGAUGCGUCGACGAGCUGAGUUGGGCUACGGAAUGGGGCUCGAUCCUGAAUUGUACAUCAAUAUCCUAGGCGAGACCACCUCACUGGGUACAAUGUGGCGUUGGAUCAAGUGUAUCCUUUUCGUGCAUGUGGACGGAUCAUGGUGA